GCGGGACCGGAAGCUUCGGGUCGGUCCACGCCAGCGAGCCUCGGUGGACCGGCCGGGGGACGAGGGGAGCGUGUGGUGCCGAGCAGGAGGUGGGGAGAGAUGAGAAAGCCCUCUCUUGUGGACCUUUCCCCCACCGUCCUGCCGCACGGGAACACUCGACCUCUGCCUCGACCUCCCCUUCCGCUCGCGCACGCGUGCUCGCCUCGGGAGCCGAUGAUGCCCCUUGUUCCUCGAGAGGGUGACUGCGUGUGCUCGCCAUAGCUCGCCACAUUGGACCUAGCUGGAGCAAGUGUCGAUUUUGGAGAGAAGGUGGUGAAGAAAGGGAAGAAAGACAAGAAGACCAAAAAGACGUUCUUUGAGGAGCUGGCAAUAGAUGAUAAGCAGGCCGGAGCGGAAGAGAAGGUGCCCAGAGAGAAGGAGCCGCCGCAGCAGCAGCAGCAGCAGCAAAAGAAGAAGCGGGACGCCCGGAAGGGCCGGCGGAAGAAGGGUGUGGACGACGAUGGCGAGGAGAGGGAGCUGAUGGAGCGCCUCAAGAAGCUGUCUGUCCCGGCCAGUGACGAGGAGGACGGGGUGCCCGCCCCGACGCCCCGCGGAGGAAAGAAGGCCAAGGGCGGCAAUGCUUUUGCAGCCCUGAUUCAAGAUCAGAGUGAGGAGGAGGAGGAGGAAGAGGAAGAAAAACACCCUCCUAAGCCUGCCAAGCCGGAGAAAGAUCGUAUCAACAAGGCUGUGUCUGAGGAGCAGCAGCCUGGGCUCAGGAGCAAAAAGGGAAAGGAAGAGAAGGCCAGAGGGAAGGCCAAGCCUCAAAACAAAUUUGCUGCCCUGGACGAUGAAGAGGAAGAUGGAGAAGAUGAGGAAGACAUACGGAAAGAAGAGGAGCCUCCCACGCAAGGGAAGGCGAGGGCAGAGCAGGGUUCCGAGGAAGGAGGAGGAGAGGCGGUUGACUCUAAGGCAGAGGAUCCCUUGGCUCACCUUAGCAAAAAGGAGAAGAAAAAGCUGAAGAAACAGAUGGAUUAUGAGCGCCAGGUGGCGUCAUUAAAAGCAGCUAAUGCCGCCGAAAAUGAUUUCUCCGUGUCCCAGGCAGAGGUGUCCUCGCGCCAGGCCAUGCUAGAAAACGCUUCUGACAUCAAGCUAGAGAAGUUCAGCAUCUCAGCCCAUGGCAAGGAGCUGUUUGUCAACGCUGAUCUCUUCAUUGUAGCUGGCCGUCGCUACGGGCUGGUGGGACCCAACGGCAAGGGCAAGACCACGCUUCUCAAGCACAUCGCCAACCGCGCCCUGAGCAUCCCUCCCAACAUUGAUGUACUGCUGUGCGAGCAGGAGGUGGUAGCGGAUGAGACACCGGCCGUACAGGCCGUCCUUCGAGCUGACACCAAGCGGUUGAAGCUGCUGGAGGAGGAGCGCCGGCUGCAGGGGCAGCUGGAGCAGGGGGACGACACAGCUGCCGAGAAGCUGGAGAAGGUGUACGAGGAAUUGCGGGCCACAGGGGCAGCGGCUGCAGAGGCCAAAGCGCGGCGGAUCCUGGCUGGCCUGGGCUUUGACCCUGAGAUGCAGAAUCGGCCCACACAGAAGUUCUCAGGGGGCUGGCGCAUGCGUGUCUCCCUGGCCAGAGCGCUCUUCAUGGAGCCCACGCUGCUGAUGCUGGAUGAGCCCACCAACCACCUGGACCUCAACGCCGUCAUCUGGCUGAACAACUACCUUCAGGGCUGGCGGAAGACGCUGCUGAUCGUCUCCCACGACCAGGGCUUCCUGGAUGAUGUGUGCACGGAUAUCAUCCAUCUGGAUGCCCAGCGGCUGCACUACUACAGGGGCAAUUACAUGACCUUUAAGAAGAUGUACCAGCAGAAGCAGAAGGAGCUGCUGAAGCAGUACGAGAAGCAGGAGAAGAAGCUGAAGGAGCUGAAGGCUGGUGGCAAGUCCACCAAGCAGGCCGAAAAGCAGACAAAGGAAGCCCUGACACGCAAGCAGCAGAAGUGCCGGCGGAAGAACCAGGAUGAAGAGGCCCAGGAGGCGCCCGAGCUGCUGAAGCGGCCCCGGGAGUACACUGUGCGCUUUACCUUCCCCGACCCCCCGCCGCUCAGCCCGCCGUUGCUGGGCCUGCACGGCGUGACAUUUGGCUACGAAGGGCAGAAACCACUCUUCAAGAACCUGGACUUCGGCAUUGACAUGGAGUCAAGGAUCUGCAUCGUGGGCCCUAAUGGCGUGGGGAAGAGCACACUGCUGCUGCUGCUGACUGGCAAGCUGACUCCGACCCGAGGGGAAAUGAGAAAGAACCACCGGCUGAAAAUCGGCUUCUUCAACCAGCAGUACGCAGAGCAGCUGCGCCUGGAGGAGACGGCCACCGAGUAUCUGCAGCGGGGCUUCAACCUGCCCUACCAGGAGGCCCGCAAGUGCCUGGGCCGCUUCGGCCUCGAGAGCCACGCGCACACCAUCCAGAUCUGCAAGCUCUCGGGUGGGCAGAAGGCCCGGGUUGUGUUCGCAGAGCUGGCCUGUCGGGAGCCCGACGUCCUCAUCCUGGACGAGCCGACCAACAACUUGGACAUCGAGUCCAUCGAUGCCCUGGGGGAGGCCAUCAACGAGUACAAGGGCGCCGUAAUCAUCGUGAGCCAUGACGCGCGACUCAUCACAGAAACCAGCUGCCAGCUGUGGGUGGUGGAGGAGCAGAGCGUCGGGCAGAUUGAUGGGGACUUCGAGGACUACAAGCGGGAGGUGUUGGAGGCCCUGGGCGAAGUCAUGGUCAGCCGGCCCCGGGAGUGAGAGUCUUCGGGGAGCCCCUGCGAGACGUCCCCAAGUCUCGCAGCUGAUUCGCCAUGUGACCAGGAUACCACUUAGCUUGCUUCCUUCUCUUCGAAAGACCUGUGUGUUUUCCUGUGGUCAAGCGGCAGGCCUUACCCUCGACAGCCUGCAGACCGGGGGACCCUCCUGUCUGUGGCCUCUGUCCGGCCAAGCUCAGGUGGCCCCUGGUCAAGACUCUUCACUCGGAAGCCUGGCUUGGCCCACCUGAAGCUGCAGGCGGCCCCAGCCCUGGAGGAGUCUACUGACUGGGGGUGCACACCUCAGGGCCUUGGCCGAGGAGCCUGAGGCCUGUGGCUACCACCAAGCUCUGGCAGGAGAGGAGAGCGGGAGGAAAUAAAGGAGAGGCGUGGCCACCACCGCCGGCACUGCAGGCUGGUGGGAGCGGGGCUGUGCUCGUCCUGUGUGUCGCACUCCGUUUUCUUUCUUGCAGCUUUGAGUCCACCCUGCUUACGCAGAUGCAGGCAGACUGAGCGUGCUGUCUUCACUGCACUUACGGGCUGUGCCAGGCUCCUCCCUCCGUUGCCCAGCCUUUCAGACAAGGCAGCAAAGAACGCAGUUCUCCUCCCUGCUGUUUUGGACAAGUCCCUCACUGUCCAAGCUACCACGUGAAUGAGGAGGCACUCUGCCCUGUAGUUGGGGGCCAUAGUGCUUACCCUUUUGUAAACAUUAGCCGACCUAAGCCGGCCCUGGUAGUACAUGCCUGUAAUCCCAGCACCUGGGAGCUUGAGGCAAGAGGAUUGCUAGAGUUCAAGGCCAGCCUGAACUACACAGUGAGACCCUGCCUCAAAACAGAAAGUUAGCCACUCUGGGCAUGGUAGUAUGUGCUUGUCACAGUUGCUCAGGAGUCUGAGGCAGGAGGAUUGAAAGUCUGAGGCUAGCCUGGGCAAUUAGGAAGACCCUGUCUCAGAAUAAAUAAUAAGGCCGAUGGGGUUAACUGUUAA